GCUUUCCUUCCCUGCCGUCCACCUCUACAGCAUGCAAAUUACGGUGCAAGUCCAAUAUAUCGCAGAUUGGUUAACUACAGAGCGCGCGGCGCGGCGCGAGAGGAGGACACCGUGCGCGCUUCUUUGAUUUAGAGUGGACUUUUAAAAGAUGAGAGAGUAGUCUCUUUUUAAUCCAAACACUGGUCCAUUGUGGCAGCUCGAACCUGCAACUUAAUCAUAAUUAACUGUGAGUGGCUGUGGGAGGAGGGCGACUUUCAUCAACAUCCCGGGACCGGCAGCUCGCGAGCCCCUCGCGCAACGGAAUAAUUAGUAACCCCUGUGUGUGACAACUGUGUAAGAAUCAAGAAAGACAGUGGACCCUGAGAGGACAAGCGGGGACUAACGGACCCUGUGAAGUUUCCUCGUGUGUCGGUCUGUUUUUAAGCAGCCCGCUGGACCGGAGAGAAAGUGUUGUAGAGGUUGGCCCCUCUUCAAUGCGUCGGUUCCCCGCAUCCACUGAUGGACUGAGAACGGAGAAAUUUGGAAUAGGCUCCCUAUUUUUUCAUCAGUUUUAGUCGAUAUCUCAGACCGAAAUGGUGCCCUGUAUCAUUUUCAUCGCCUUGUUUGUCACUGCGGUGCGAUCCCAAGAUAUCCAUCCCUCACAGGCAUCAUCCUCUAUUAGUGAGUCUUGUGACUCCUUGUGCUCCUGCGAGGGGAAAGAUGGCAUCCUUCAUCUGAACUGUGAACAGAGAAACAUCAGCAAAAUCUCCCAAAUCAUAGUCCCGUCAGGUGUGCCCUUCCACCUGAACCUUUACAAAAAUGACUUGGUUGAGCUGCGCGCUGAGGAAAUGGAAGGGCUUAAGAAUGCUCUGUCACUGCACAUAGGGGGUAAUAGCAUACAAGAGCUGGAACCAGGGGUCUUUAGCGCUCUCGGUUCACUUAAAAAACUCCACAUAAAUAGCAAUUUCCUCGUCACUCUGAAAGAGGACACUUUUCAAGGCCUGGUGAAUUUGGAGUUUCUCCAAGCUGACACAAAUUUUAUUCGGGUCAUCGAGCCAGGGGCAUUCAACAAACUGAUCCGCCUCAAGGUCCUCAUCCUGAAUGAUAAUUCCAUCGAGUUUUUACCCAGCAACAUUUUCCGGUUUGUGCCCCUCACGCACCUGGACCUGCGUGGAAACAAGCUGCAGACACUGCCUUACGUGGGGUUUUUGGAGCACAUCGGCCGGAUAAUGGAGCUUCUCCUGGAGGACAAUGACUGGGUCUGCGACUGUGACAUUUUACAUUUAAAAAUCUGGAUGGAAAACAUGAGGGCCCAGUCUGCAAUUGGGGAUGUGGUAUGCAGCACACCACAUCACCUUAAGGGAACCAUUCUGGCUAAAGUGAAGCGGGAUGUUCUGUGCCCGUCUCAUGCAGAUAUUAACCUGGAGGAGCCGUCGAAGUCGCUGGAUAUGGUCGUUACGCCCUCGUCCAAAGUGUCUCAGGUUCCCAAGUUGGUCAACGCCAAAGAUGACGCCAAGGUACCGACCCCCUCUCACUUUCCUGGCAGCCCUUGUGUGGAACACUGUUCCUGUCACAAUCACCCUGUGGCUGGGUUUUUGAUGCAUUGUCAGGACAGAGGGAUUCAAAAGGUGUCGGAUAUCGGAAUACUUCAGCAAAGCCCCACUAAACUGGUCAUGACGGGAAAUAUGAUUCAGAAACUCUUGAAAUAUGAUUUCGUCACCUAUGAUAGUUUAGAAUUGCUCAACCUGGCGAACAACAGAAUUGAUUACAUUGAUAAUGAAACUUUCCUCAGCCUGAGCAGUUUGAAAAAACUGUAUUUGAAUGGUAACAGAAUUGAGAAACUGUUUUCCACAAUGUUUGUGGGGCUCCACAACCUUGAAUACCUGUAUCUGGAAUACAACCUUAUCAAAGAGAUUGCCCCAGGCACAUUUAAUCCCCUGCCAAACCUGAAGCUGCUGUCAUUAAAUAACAACCUGCUCAGCUCUCUUCCCGCGCAGAUAUUUCGCAACGUGCCCCUCACCAAAUUAAACCUGAGGAAAAAUCUACUUAUGCACCUGCCAGUGAGCAACGUGCUUGAUCAACUCGACUCACUGGAGCAAAUUUAUUUAGAGGACAACCCCUGGGACUGCAGCUGCGACUUGCUCAGCCUCAAACAAUGGGUGGAGAAACUCAGAAAGGACACGGUGGUGGGCUCCAUUUUGUGUCACACACCAAAGAACGUGAUGCAGGCUGAGCUUAGAAGUGUUCGUCAUGAGACUCUGUGUCCCGGUUUAGGGACCUACUACCCUAUGUCUCCAGGUGGCGAGGAGAGUGUGACAGCUACACUGGGGCCUGACAGCAGCGGCAAGAGUUUGUUCAGCCCACUCACAGACACUGUCCCACUCUCUGUGCUCAUCUUAAGCCUUCUUGUUUUUGUCCUCAUGAUUAUAUUCUGCUCUGCAGGGCUGGUGGUGUUUGUAGUACACCGCCGGCGGAGAAGGGCAAAGAAAAAAGCAGCGGAGGAACAGCCCCGAGAAAACGCCAACAGUAGUCCCAUCCACUUACAUUACAGUAUGUAUGGGCAGAAAACUACACACCACACUCUGACCCAGAGAACAGGGUCUGCCAGUCUGUAUGAAGAGAGAUCACAUAGUCCUAUUGUUCAGAUCUGCCGCAACCCCACCUACUGCUCCCAGCACAAGGAGCACGACGCAGAUUUGGAUUAUAGCCUGGACGAGCCGGGCGCUAAGCACCAUCUCUGCCGGAGUAUCAUGGAGAAGGAGAACACGUCUCCUCUCACGGGAAAUCCCAGCUCAAAGUUCAGACCCAUGACUGGAGAGUGCCCUGCAGAGUUCGUCACUCUCGGGAAUCCCAACUCCUUGUACAGGAACAUACUGGAGCGGGAGAAGGAGCUGCAGCAGCUUGGAAUAACGGAGUACCUUAGGAAAAACAUGCCCCAGCUUCAGUCUGCUGUGGACAUGCAGGUCCCGGGGCACCAGGAGGAGUUAAAGCUAAUGGAGACAAUUAUGUACACAAGACCACGUAAGGUCAUGCUUGAGCAAACUAAGAAUGAGUACUUUGAACUCAAAGCUAACCUGCAUACUGAGCCAGACUACUUGGAGGUUCUGGAGCAUCAAACUGCAUUUAACUGAGCUUAAGCAGCAGAAGAAAGAAACGACGUAUAUUAUGUUUUGAACCAAGUGCCUUGUCCUGUUUGCCCUCUUGUUCCACAGUGUGAAAUAUGUAUCAUGGGAACAUCACUUUAAGUUUUACUGUAGCACAGAAUGUAACUGGUUUAUUUUUGUGACCUUGUAUUUGUUGACAGCCAUGUUAUGUAGCUGGUGAACAGUGUCAUAUAUUUGGCCAAAUGUAACUUAAAGAAGCUGUCGCCGUCUGUUGAGCAGACCUGGGUUGAAACCCUCUUUGAAAUUCACUCAAUCAGCGUUUUACGAUUGAUUCAAUUUCCAUGGUGUUACUGCAGCCAAAUGAAUUGAUCCACAACAGCGCACGCACACACCCCCACGUCUGACAGGAUAAAGCAGAUGUUUGGAAAGACGGGAGUGAAUUUCAAUCACCACUUGACCCAGAAUUGCUGUUUAAUCAGUCUAUCCUGACUCUGGGUAUGACCUGAUUACACCCUCUGUCAACAUAAGCCAGCUGGAUUGCUGUAACCAGAAUGCUCAUUGUGCCGUAGAGUCAGCAAAAUGCCAACAUUGGAAAACAGCGAUAGUGGUGGUUCCACGGCUAUUCUCCUGUCACUUCUUUGGAUCGACCCAUCCCACUGCUCAGCUGCAGUCUAUGGGGUCUUUAUUUAUUUUUAUACAAGCUGAUGAUACUCACAGAAAGGAUGUUAUUUUUCUCUCAAUCAGUAAAUAGAGCACUUAAAAUACAGUAUAUAAUACACAACUGUAGUCUUGUAAAAAUGCAUUGCACUAAUCCAAUGCCAUAAGAUGGUGCAUGACAAUCAACAAAGUCCUGCUGAAAUUUUUUUUUUUUUUGAAUUUCUGCCAGAAAAAAUGAGCCACAAAUGUGUAUGAUCCUUCAGUGUGUGUGUGUGUGUGUGUGUGUGUGUGUGUGUGUGUGUGUGUGUGUGUGUGUGUGUGUGUGUGUGUGUGUGUGUGUGUGUGUGUGUGUGUGUGUGUGUGUGUGUAUGUGUGUGUGUAUGUGUAUGUGUGUGUGAGAGAGAUCGUAUUUCACGUCACUAUUUUAUGUCUGGUGAUACUGAAACAGCAUUCAGGAACGUUGCUCCCUCCUCAUGCUGUCAUUGGCUGAUCUUGAACUAUUGGAACUGAUCGGAGGCGGGGCAUAUUAACCUGUUAGCACAUGAAUGGUUACUGUCGAAGCAACAUUACCCAAGACCAUGCAGACCAACCUUUCUCUGUUUCUCAGCUCGUAUUAAAAGCAGUGGACCACUGGCGACUGACAUUUUUCCAACGUGGACAUUGUCACUCUUCAGGAUUUAUACCACACCCUCCAUUCAUACUCUUGGAAACUCAUUCAACUUUGAAACAGUUCAUGUAAGCACACACUCUGUAGCUUUUCUACUUAACUAGAUUUAUUAUUUAUUCUGUAUAUUUUGUAUAUACUUAUGUUCCAUUAUAUCUAUGGUUUUUGUGUGCCUUCAGUGCUGUACAGAAUAUAAACAGAAGUUGUAACUGAGAAACAGGAAAUAAAGAAUUGCAAUAUUA